AUGCUUCUUUUUGCCACGCGUGCGGAGAUGGGAGAGGAGGGUUGUGAGGAGCUCAAGCAUGCACCUGGUUGCCUCAUUUUCUCUCUCUGCCCCUUAUCCUUGCCUCCCUAUGCCUGUCCCUCCCACCCACACACAGGAGAGGGACAGAGGAGGGCGGACAGAGGAGCGGAGGGGAGUGAGGAGCUCAAGCAUGCACCUUGUUGCCUCAUUUUCUCUCUCUGCCCCUUAUCCUUGCCUCCCUCUGCCUGUCCCUCCCACCCACACACAGGAGACGGACAGAGGAGGGCAGACAGAGGAGCGGAGGGGAGUGAGGAGCUCAAGCAUGCACCUUGUGGCCUCAUUUUCUCUCUCUGCCCCUUAUCCUUGCCUCCCUCUGCCUGUCCCUCCCACCCACACACAGGAGAGGGACAGAGGAGGGCGGACAGAGGAGCGGAGGGGAGUGAGGAGCUCAAGCAUGCACCUUGUGGCCUCAUUUUCCCUCUCUGCCCCUUAUCCUUGCCUCCCUCUGCCUGUCCCUCCCACCCACACACAGGAGACGGACAGAGGAGGGCGGACAGAGGAGCGGAGGGGAGUGAGGAGCUCAAGCAUGCACCUUGUGGCCUCAUUUUCUCUCUCUGCCCCUUAUCCUUGCCUCCCUCUGCCUGUCCCUCCCACCCACACACAGGAGAGGGACAGAGGAGGGCGGACAGAGGAGCGGAGGGGAGUGAGGAGCUCAAGCAUGCACCUUGUUGCCACAUUUUCUCUCUCUGCCCCUUAUCCUUGCCUCCCUCUGCCUGUCCCUCCCACCCACACACAGGAGAGGGACAGAGGAGGCCGGACAGAGAAGCGGAGGGGAGUGAGGAGCUCAAGCAUGCACCUUGUUGCCUCAUUUUCUCUCUCUGCCCCUUAUCCUUGCCUCCCUCUGCCUGUCCCUCCCACCCACACACAGGAGAGGGACAGAGGAGGGCGGACAGAGGAGCGGAGGGUUCUGAGGAGCUCAAGCAUGCACCUUGUUGCCUCAUUUUCUCUCUCUGCCCCUUAUCCUUGCCUCCCUCUGCCUGUCCCUCCCACCCACACACAGGAGAGGGACAGAGGAGGCCGGACAGAGAAGCGGAGGGGAGUGAGGAGCUCAAGCAUGCACCUUGUUGCCUCAUUUUCUCUCUCUGCCCCUUAUCCUUGCCUCCCUCUGCCUGUCCCUCCCACCCACACACAGGAGAGGGACAGAGGAGGGCGGACAGAGGAGCGGAGGGUUCUGAGGAGCUCAAGCAUGCACCUUGUUGCCUCAUUUUCUCUCUCUGCCCCUUAUCCUUGCCUCCCUCUGCCUGUCCCUCCCACCCACACACAGGAACCCUGGGCGGACAGAGAAGGGGAGUGGAGUGA